AGCAAUGACAAAGCCAUUUCAAUAAAUUAAAAAAAAAAUUAGAAUCAUUUAAUUUCUUCCUUGUUCUAAAGUCUCAACCAUAAUUGAAUCGAUCAUCUUGUAAAAUCAUGUCAAGAAAAAAGAGUGGUAAGGUUGCUGAUGAGACAAUGUUUGAUGCUGAUAAUAGGCAGCAAUUGCAACCAAUUUGGAAUAACAGAUUACUUGUAAUAUACACAAUUGUUCAUAUCCCCUUUUCUAUUCUUUCUCGCUUCUUUAAGCGUCGUACCAACAUAUCUGAUACAACCUGGGUUACCGGAGAUAUUAUGAGAUCUUCUGAAAUUGAUCAAUUUACGGUAAGUGACAGCAUGCGCCAUGCAAUCCUCAUGUAAAUACUU